GCAUCGGCAAAGCCCUGAUAGUGGAUCGAGCCAGUAGAGCAGUCACGGUUACAGCGCAAUACAGGGAGCUUCCCUCAGAAGAAGAAACACCCCCUUACUCAGACACACACACACACACACACACACACAGACACACACACACAGAGACACAGCAAGGCACAAGGCAGGCAAGGACUGUCAGAUGAGCUCAUUCUUAGUGUGAGACACAAGGAAGAGAGUGAGGAGUUGAGGGGGGAAACACCUGCUGUCUACUUUCCUGUGUGUCUUGCUUUUAAAUGAGAGAAGCCAUGCCUGUCCUCUCACCCAACACAGGCCUACAUGAGAUGCUAGCAUUGCUCACAUCUCAGCUGCACCCUGGAGCAAAUCACAAAGAGGAUCUGGUGUUCCUCCGAGAGGUUUUCAGUGAGAGAAGCCUUGGCUACCUAAUGAGAAUUCAUGAGCGCCUCAGGCAGUACGAACAGCAGAGUCCGACGCCUGUGCUUCACAGUGCUGCCUGCUUGGCAGAGGAUGUGGCUGAGGAGCUGCAGAAUGGGCCAUUAGAAGGAGAUGAGAAGGAGCUGCUUAUGCUACUGACUACUCCACAUGUGAAGGCAGUGCUAACAGUGCACGACACCGUAGCGCAGAAGAACUUUGAUCCCGUGUUGCCUCCAUUACCUGAUGAUCUAGAUGAUGAGCUGGAGGAGGAGUCGGUCAAGAUUGUUCGUCUAGUGAAGAGCAAGGAGCCUCUAGGAGCGACCAUCCGCAGGGAUGAGGUCACUGGAGCAGUGGUGGUCGCUAGGAUUAUGAGGGGCGGGGCUGCUGACCGCAGUGGGCUGGUGCACGUGGGAGAUGAGCUCAGGGAAGUUAACGGAAAUCUCAUCACCCACAAGAGACCUGAUGAGAUCAGUCAAAUUUUGUCACAGUCUCAGGGCUCCAUCACUCUGAAGAUAAUCCCUGCCAUUAAGGAGGAGGACAAACACAAGGAGAGUACGGUCUAUUUAAGGGCCCUAUUUGAUUACACCCCAUUUGAAGACAAGGCCACACCCUGCCAAGAGGCAGGACUUCCUUUCCUGCGAGGUGACAUCCUGCAGGUGGUGAGUCAGGACGACUCUACAUGGUGGCAGGCCAAACGUGUGGGUGAUAGCAACCUGCGUGCUGGCCUUAUCCCAUCACAACACUUCCAGCAGAGGCGCAUGGCACAUAGGCUGAAAACUGGCACGUACCAGAGUCCUAAGUCACCAAGUGUACCACCCUAUGACCAGGCUUCUGAUAAAGAGGACUGUGACUGUGAGGGCAGUGGACAGCACAUAGUUUCUCCAAAGUGUAAGGCGGUGGCACCCACCUGUGGUCAGGCCUUUUCCUGGGAGUUCUAUUCAGCAAGUCUUAGGAGAAGUUUCCGGUUAAGUCGUAAGGAUCGGCACAGCUCUUCUGAAGACUCUCAGCCUGCAGAGUCCGGAGAAUCCAAGUUUCUCGUCUAUGAAGAGGUCACACGCUAUCAGCAGACGCCUUCAGACAAACCCAGACUGGUGGUGUUAAUCGGGUCUCUGGGUGCUCGAAUCAAUGAACUGAAACAAAGAGUGAUUGCUGAGAACCCACAUCGAUAUGGAAUAGCUGUACCACACACCACUCGGCCAAGGAAGAGCCAUGAAAAAGAGGGUGUUGAAUACCACUUCAUCUCAAAGCAGGCCUUUGAGGCAGACAUUCAGAGUAACAAGUUUAUUGAGUAUGGAGAAUAUAAAGAUAACCAAUAUGGGACAAGUUUGGAGUCUGUUCGGAGUGUACUGGCCAGAAACAAAAUGUGUUUGGUGGAUGUUCAACCUGAGGCUCUAAAAAUCCUUCGCACAGCUGAGUUUAAGCCCUAUGUGAUAUUUGUCAAGCCAUUCAUCCCUGAGAGCCACCACCACUGCAGCAGAGCCACAUCGCCAUCAGGAGGCGACAACGGACACCUCACGGAGGAAGAGCUUCAGGAGAUGCGUCAUUCAGCCGAGCAGCUAGAGCAGCAGUACGGCCACCUGGUGGAUAGGAUCCUAGUGAAAGAAGACUCCAGCAGUGCUUGUUCAGAGCUCAGGAGCAUCCUCGAGUGCCUAGAAAGGGAGUUCCAGUGGGUUCCAGUCAGCUGGGUUCGAACAUAAAUCCUUCCUCAGUCUGUAACAGGGUGCUCAUAAACCUGACUGUGUCUGUGUCAACCACAGAAAUGCAUCUAAAAUACUAUUUUAUAACUGUGCUAAUAGAGCCUCUAGUCUUGCAUGAAUUAAUGUCUGAACAAAUUGCAUCCAUCAAGCAGGGCUCAGGCUCAACAGUGCAACUGAGGGAACUUAAACAUGAGUAGCCAUGCAAACAGAAUUUCAUGUACAGGCUCGACAGUAGAUGUCAGUAUAACUGGGGCAUCAGGCAAUAUAGGACAAAUAAGUGUUUGUUUGUUGUGCUCCUUAAAUAUUUGAUGAAAUGAGAAAUUGUUUGAUUAUUGGUUAUUAUUGAUUUUUGGUGUCAUUAUUAUUGAUUCAGGCUCCAUCUGAAGUGGAGGCUGAAUAAGCACAUGGUGCCUGAUACAACACAACACAGGUUAACAACCUAACAAGUUGUUAACAAUAUCUAUACACACAGUGGGCAGUGGGUAGAGUUGUCCCUUCACAGCUCCAGGGUCUCCUGCGUUUUUGGGCAUGUUCUUCCUAUGUCUUUGUGGGUUUCUUCCUCUGUCCAUAAACAUGCCACAUGGCAGAUUGUCAGUAGUUGUAUUGGGUUUGUUAAAUUGACCAAGGUGUGAAAGAGUGUGCUUCAUGCUCAGCUUUCCUGAGACAGGCUCCAGAUCCACCACAACCCUGACCAGGUUAAAGUGAUUACUAACAAUGAAUGAAUGAAUGAAUUAAUUAAUGUUAUGAAUGACUGAAUGGAUUCACUAACAGAAGUAUAGAUCAAGACAGAAUGCAAGACCUGAGGGAUUUUAAUACAUUUUAUUGAUGCAAAAACAUCACAGGAAGUGAAAUUCUUGUUUAUUAUUUUUUGUUCAGGAUUUCCCACUUUCCCCAUCAUGUUGUUCCAAUUUACUGCAAAGAACCACCUGAAUGAACCCUGCUGAAAAAACACAAUAGAAACCAUCACAGAAAUUCUAAUGGUUUCCACUACAAAUUCCAUUACAAACCAUCAGACCAUUAAAACCACUACCAUUAUUAUUAUUGGUCCUUAAUGGUAUCCACUAGACAUGUUCAGUUAAUUAGCCUUACUUAGCUGUUAAACAACACUAUCUUGACUUUUAAUAGCAUAUUAUUCCUUCCGAAAGCAAAAGGGCGAAAGUAAAAAUAGAAGUGACGAUAAGCCUGCUAAUAAUUAGCUAAUGAAGUUAAUAGGCCUGCCACUGUUUUCGUGCACAAACAUACACAUUAGUCCUUAUACUGAACUAAAAUUUAUUUGAGGGCUUUUUUUUUCUUCCCAGUAAAUACUAUCAUUAUGUGCUCCUUGUGUUCCUAUUAAAACAAUAUGUAAUAUGACCUAAAUUAGACCAUUGAAAGUCUUACAUGUUCCCUACGUAAAGUGAUGUUUACGUCAUAUUCUGAAUUUCUGUCUACAUGUGAUGACUGUGUAUAUAUCCCAGUGUCCCAUAACAUCACAUCAUAUUACAUGUAUAUUUGCAAGUCAUUGUUGGGGAAUUGUUGGGUUAAUAAUACCGAUAUUUAUUACCCUUUGAUCAUUAAUGUUUAUGAAUCUUAUAAUCUGUAAAAACUAUAACCAUGACUGAUGUGUUGGCUAGAUUGUCUUAAGUUACCAAAAUCUUAUAGGAUAUCAAUAUUCAACUUUAAACAAAAUAUCCAAUUAAAUCAUAAUAUUCAAGAAUGAGGCAUGUUAAAACCUUGGGGUCAUGUAGUAAUAGCAUCUUAUGGCCUUAUAACCCUUAGAAUGUUUGAAUAUAAAUAUAAAUUGUGACUGGGUCAUCCUUUCGUCUGAACAAGUGUGCUAAUACAUAGUUAGGGACAUGAUGUUGGAAAUCUCUUAUUUUUAUAUUAACGUGUAAGAAGAUGAGAACUCUAAUAAAGUAUUAAUUUUAGAAAUUAGGCAUAGUUUUUUCAGGGUUUUUUUUUUAAUCAUGUGGUAACCCAGUAAACAUCGAAACAACAUUGUGGGGUGGCUGUGGAUGAUGGUCAUUAAAUACAUUUUUACAUGGU